UGUUUCUCUCUCUGCGCAUCUCCUUCAGCGGUGCGUUACAAAGCUAUGAUCCUUCAAAACUUCAAAAGAUCCGAGGCGCUACUGACGGCUCGGUUCGAGUUCGGAUGCUCGGGGCUAGUUGCACGGUUUUGAACAUUAUACAUUUCUUUUUUUUUUUUUAAGAAGAUCGGAGGUUUUCAAAUUGUCUUUUGUCUGCUUCCUCUACAUUGAGACAGUUGUAGUUUCAUGCAAAAGAAGAAACUGUUAAACAGUAUUAGGUUGAUGAUUCGGACCUUUCUUGACUGGUGAAAUCAAAUCAGGAUUUAUAUAUACAGUUUUUUUAAAAACCUGAGAGCUGUCAGAAGUUGUUUUUUAAACAUGUCUGUUGUUUCUGCUCUGUACAGAAACGGCCCUAAUGCAGGGAUGGUGGAGUUUCAGGAGAAGCUGAGAUUGCAGCAAGAGAGCUCCAUGCACACAGAGCUGGAGAAGCUGCUGACCACUGCCAAACCAUCAGAGACGGAGAUCUCCAGGAAGGACUUUGAGGGCUUCACUCGGCUCUUUCACCGUUUCCUUCAGGAGAAGGGGCCGUCUAUUGACUGGGCCAAGAUCCAGAGACCCCCCGAAGACUCAGUUCAGCCCUAUGAGAAGAUCAAGUUGAAGGGUCUUCCUGCCGAUGUGGCGUCCAGUCUUAAUAAACUGGCUGUGGUGAAGCUCAAUGGAGGUUUGGGGACCAGCAUGGGCUGCAAAGGACCCAAAAGUCUCAUCAGUGUCCGUAACGAAAACACUUUCCUGGACCUGACUGUACAGCAGAUCGAGCAUCUGAAUAAGUCGUAUAAUGCAGACGUGCCACUGGUGCUCAUGAAUUCCUUCAACACAGAUGAAGACACCAAGAAGAUCCUGCAGAAGUACACACACAACCGCGUCAAGAUACACACCUUCAACCAGAGCAGGUAUCCCAGGAUCAAUAAGGAGUCUUUGUUGCCCGUGGCCACUAACAUGGGCCUGACAGGAGAGAAUGAGGAGGCCUGGUAUCCUCCUGGCCAUGGAGACAUCUACACCAGCUUCUACAACUCCGGCCUGCUGGACAAGCUGAUCGCGGAAGGGAAGGAGUACAUCUUUGUGUCCAACAUUGACAACCUGGGCGCCACGGUGGACCUGCACAUCUUGAACCACCUGAUGAACCAGCCCGGCGACAAACGCUGUGAAUUUGUGAUGGAGGUCACCGAUAAGACUCGAGCUGAUGUGAAGGGUGGCACGCUGACACAGUACGACGGUAAACUCAGGCUGCUGGAGAUCGCACAGGUGCCCAAAGCUCAGGUAGACGAGUUUAAAUCAGUCACCAAGUUCAAGAUCUUCAACACCAACAACUUGUGGAUCAGCCUGCCGGCCAUUAAAAGGCUUCACGAAAAGAACGCCAUGGACAUGGAGAUCAUCGUUAACCCUAAGACUCUCGACGGCGGUCUGAACGUCAUUCAGCUGGAGACGGCUGUGGGCGCUGCCAUGAAGAGCUUCGACAACGUGCUCGGCAUCAACGUGCCCCGCAGCCGCUUCCUGCCCGUCAAGACCACCUCGGACCUCCUGCUGGUCAUGUCCAACCUGUACAGCAUGAACGCAGGCUCUCUGACCAUGAGCCCAAAGAGAGAGUUUCCCACAACACCUCACGUCAAACUGGGCAGCUCCUUCACUAAAGUUCGAGACUUCCUGAAAAGGUUUGAGAGCAUCCCAGACAUGCUGGAGCUGGAUCACCUGACUGUUUCAGGAGACGUUACCUUCGGAAAACAAGUCACAGUCAAGGGAACGGUGAUCAUUAUCGCUAAUCAUGGAGACCGAAUCGACAUCCCGGCCGGAGCGAUGCUGGAGAACAAGAUCGUUUCAGGAAACCUGCGCAUCCUGGACCACUGAGGCCUUUACUACCGGACCACAACCACAUCUGUCAUCUCACCUGGACAUUUACACGUGUGUGUGUGUGUGUGUGUGUCUGUCCAUCUGAUGAUUAGCAUUAAAAUUUCUGUAUGAAAACAAUCAGAAUUGACUGUAAAUGCUUUUGACAGUAAUUUUUUACGAAGGGCUAUUAUAUAAUGUGUUUUUAACACUGGUUUUGCUGCUGUGUGGCUCACUCAGUAAAACACUGAAGACUAGUGUAAGAGGAUGGAAGCUAAAAAUGAUGAUAAAGUGUUUGUGAUCUUCAAAA